CCAUUUUGGGAGUCCUGACCUCCGAGGUCCCCCACCGCCGAGUGACUUUCUCCACAGCCAAUCAGGCUCAGGACCUGCAGGACGCGUCCCAGCACAGCUACUACGACAGCGGCCUGGAGGAGUCGGAGACGCCCAGCUCCAAGUCGUCGUCGGGGCCUCGGAACGGGCCCCUGGCGCUGCCGGAGGACCACUACGAGCGGACCACGCCCGACGGCAGCAUCGGAGAGAUGGAGCACCCGGAGAACGACCUCAGACCUCUUCCCGACGUGGCGAUGACCGGUAACUGCACCCACGAGUGCACCGAGUUCGGCCACUCCGACUCCUGCUGGAUGCCCGGCCAGCCUUCCCCAACCCGCAAGGUGUGCAAGAACGCCCCCAAGCUCUCCACCUUCGUGCCUUACCAGGAGAUGGACGGGCAGGAGCAGCUGAUGGCCAACGGCAGCCCCAAGCCCAUGACCACGGAGGAGCGUGGGACUUGCACCGGCGGCGUCGGCGGCAGCAGCAACAGCUCUAAAGUGGCCAACAUGCGCUUCAUGACGCCCUACAGCAGUGCCUACCCGGCGGGCGGAGACUCGUACAGUAAAGACUGUGGGCUGGAGGAAAUCCCUCUGAGCCAGGCGGUGGAGUACCACUCAGCCACCACCCCGACCGGCCAGACCUCCAAGAGGGAGAUCUACCUGUGAGGCUGCAGCUCUCCCACCUUAAAAAAACCCCGAGACCCACCACCUAUCGCUUCCCUAUCAUCCCCCCCCGAUGCUGCUUGCCACCACCCGUCCCACCCAGCCUCCGCCCCUCACUGCCCCUGUGCCUAUUUACUCGCUGUGCCACAGCACCGACUCCCCCUUCUUCCCUUUUUAUAACUGCAUCCACCGUACAAGGCUUUAGACCCCCCGACCCACCCCCAACCUUACCCUACUGCCACUGCCGCCACCCCCAACCCCUCCU